AUGCAUUCAUUCAAAUUAAGUACAUUAUUAUUUUUAUCAUCAUUAAUAGUUUCAUCAAAAGCUGAAACAGAUACUACUUCAUAUGAAGGAACAACAACUGUAACAACUAUUCCAGAAGUUACUCAAACUACAACAGUUGCACAACAAGUUGGUGUUGAUGGGGUUGUUUAUAUUUAUACUGAUGAUAACGGUGAAUUAACUACAACUACUGUCUUUACAGCUACUUCAACUGAAGCAGUUGAACAACCAGAAGUUACUGAAUCUCCAAGUACUUCAGCAGAACCAAUUGCUUCAUCACCAGUUGGUGAAUCAUCAGUUGUAUCAACUCCACAAUCUUUCAUAACUCCAACUUCUUCUUCAGAAUCUCAAAUUACAAGUGCAACACCAAUAUCAGAUUCAACUGCUGUUACCAGUGAUGCAAGUAGUGCAAUUGCAGCAGGAGCAGGUUCAAUAACUACCAUAUCAGUAGAUGUUCCACCAGGAGAUUAUUCCACUUCUACUUUAGUUACUGAUACCACAUUAGCUGAUGGAUCUACUGCUGUUUUAGAAUUAGUUGUUUUACAUACCGCUGUUUGUCUUGUUUGA